GCAUAACCUUCAAAGAAGACCAUAACCUACAGACUUUUAUUAUAUAUAUGUGUGUGUUUAUAUACAUUACUAUUAUUAUUACUGAUAGACUGUCUUUAGCUGCAAAACAAUUUUUGAGCCUGUGCAAGACUUGGGGGAUUUUGUUAUCUUGCCAGCGAAAUUGUUCAUCGCUAAUGUCUUGCGCUCACAGGGUGCUAAAUUAGCUACCAGACUACUCUGGUAGCGUGACGGAGAAAGGCUUUUAUCAUAGACUGUUCUCUUCAGUUUGAACAUAUUUGCUUGAAAUUUGCUGCAUGAUGCUGUACAGAGAAGAAGGAUUUUUUCUCGGGAUACAGAGAUUCACCGGUUUCUGAGCUUAUUGCAGAAGAAAAAAAAAAAUCUUUAAACUGAGUGGGUUUUUUUUUUUUUUUUUCCUGUCUCCUUUCAUUGCCAGAGGACGCGAAUCUCUUUCACCAGGGAAGGAUCACCUGUCGCUUUAAUCCUUAAGGGAGUUAUUUUUUAAAAAAAGUGAAAUAUUUUAUUUAUUUAUUUAUUCAUUUUAACCGGUGGAGGCGUGAUCGCGGAGAAUGAGACUGAGGGGAGCUGCCGGGGUUUGGAGGACAAGGCUGAGUUUAGGCUGGAAACUGAGAGACUAGAUUUUCCCCCUCCUCCCUUCCCCCCCUUUGUUCUUCUUUAUUUUUUGGCACAACUUCCGUAGUUUCCAGUGCGCUCCGUUCAGUUUCGCUCUAUGGACAGAUCAGCAAACCUGGACACGGAGGAGCUCAAGAUGGAUGAAAAGUGGAUAAUUAUAAGUGAGGAAGACAGAAGGCCUGGUGCUGUAAGAACCAUUGCUAUGACACGAGAGCAGUAUAUAUUAGCAACACAACAGAACAGCCUUCCAAGGACUGAACAUCCUCAAUUUUACCCAGUAGGGAUUUAUGGAUGGCGAAAGAGGUGCUUAUACUUCUUUGUCCUUCUGCUCUUGGUUACCAUGAUUGUUAAUUUAGCAAUGACAAUAUGGAUUUUGAAGGUUAUGAAUUUCACAGUGGAUGGAAUGGGAAAUUUGAGAGUCACUAAAAAAGGAAUACGACUUGAAGGAAUAUCUGAAUUUCUACUUCCACUAUAUGUGAAAGAAAUCCAUUCCCGAAAGGAUAGCCCACUGGUCUUACAGUCUGACAGAAAUGUAACAGUGAAUGCAAGAAAUCACAUGGGACAGUUAACUGGACAACUGACAGUAGGAGCUGAUGCUGUGGAAGCUCAAUGUAAGAGAUUUGAAGUUAGAGCAAGAGAUGGUGGAAAAGUGUUGUUUUCUGCAGAUGAAGAUGAGAUUGUCAUUGGAGCUGACAGACUGAAAGUAACAGGCACGGAAGGGGCAGUGUUUGGGCACUCUGUGGAGACACCCCAUAUCAGAGCAGAACCUUCCCAAGACCUCAAACUUGAAUCUCCUACUAGAUCUUUGGUGAUGGAAGCUCCCAGAGGAGUGCAAGUCAGUGCAGCUGCAGGAGACUUAAAGGCUACCUGUAGGAAAGAACUGCACUUACAGUCCACAGAAGGGGAGAUAUUUUUAAAUGCAGAUACAAUCCGCCUGGGAAAUCUACCAGUGGGGUCCUUUUCAUCCUCCUCCUCCUCCUUCUCCUCGUCCUCCUCCUCACCCAGCUCUUCAGCUCCUCGUCAGACUAUCUAUGAGCUCUGUGCCUGUCCCAAUGGUAAACUUUACCUGUCCCCAGCAGGAGCAGGCUCCACAUGUCAAUCCAGUAGCAACAUCUGCUUGUGGAGCUAGAAUGACUCCAUUUUAUCCUCACACCAGAAUAGCCUUUUGUUACUAUCCCUCUGCUUCACAGUUCAGUUCGGUUUCCCUUGUGACCAGUUUGACGCUUCAAACGGCCUGCAGAGCAACUUCUUCCACUGUAAGCAGGAAUACAGCGCUGCCUUCUCUUGUGGUUUGUGCUGCCACUCAACACAGAGAUGGGAGAGAGAUAUUCAGAAAUCAAUGUAUUCUUCAUCAGGAAACCUAGAACAUAAGAUCACCUUAUUUUCCAAAAGGGACAAUAACACAGGUGCCUUUGCUACUUGAAGUGAAGCACAUUGUUCUAGAUUUUUGCAGGACCUGGAUAUGAACUGCACAUAAAUUUGUACCUAGAGAGAGAGAGACAGUACAUGAAUUUACCCAGAAUCAGAUGAUGAGAUGAAUUGGUUACCCCUGUGUGAUAUAUAACUUUACUGUCUGAAAGCACAAUUUUCCAUUCAUGUUUUUGGAUGUAAACUUUUAUCCCUGAAUUUUAAAAUUUUAAGGCAUUGUGUGAUGCUUGCUUUACUAAACAAAUUCAGUAAAUGGUUUUUAAUACAAAAAGAGACAGAAUUCCUCCCUGAGUUUGGUUUCUUUAAAAAUUUGUUGUUACUAUUUGUCUACUAAGUCUAGGGUUUUGUACACUAGGUAAAUUUUGGAAGUGCUCAGCAAUAUUACUUUAAAAGUUAAAAAGACAUGCUCUUGUUUGCCAGAUCUGAAUGACCUUAUAUAGUAUUUUCAUGGCCGUUGCAUGUGAAGUGAUUGCUUUAAGUAGAACAUGCAGUUUCUGGAAAAGAAGACCGGGCUAAAGAAGGAAAUUCUGAUUAUAUGUUUUUUGAUCGGUGUAUUGCUCUUCACAAGGUUCUUAUAAUUGGCAAAUACAAAACCAAGAGAGAAAUCUUCAAAGGUACAUCUUGCCCAUUUUCUGAUUAUGUCUAACUGCUGCCACUUGAACACAGAAUAAACAUUGGUAGUAAUGUAAUGUGUGAUACUGAGAAGCAGUGCACUAAUAAC